UUCAGUUCAGUUGCUCAGACGACGCUCAUUUGAACUAUCACAGUGACUCGCAUUCAGUGAAGCUGUUGUUGUUGCUUUUGUUUUUAUCAAUAAAGUGUAAAUAUUGUAGAGCUUUUCAAUUUAUCGGCGUGUGACAAAACUAUUCGAUUAAUUUGCGUUACGUUUAAAGAUGUAUAUGAAGCGAAACAUUUCCGCAGCGAUCAACAGUUAAACGCUUGUACACUUGAAUUGAUUAUUUCUGCGGCAAUCACCUGCAUUUCGCCUUAUCUUAUCACAGCAAGCGACUACUGCGAACGAAGCGUUUUUUUGCUGCCAUUCGUAUAGCUACAUAUGUACAUUUUCCAGCAACACUGCGCUGAUAUUCACGCUUAGUAUACGAUUGGUUGAAAACCGAGCAAUAGAGAUAAAAACUUUUGCGAUUUUGUAAAACAAAGAUGGAAAAAUAAAUACAUAUAAAAACUUUAACGGUGAAUCACAUAAAGAACUUGAGGAAAUGGAUAACCCAAAAAUGGUUUCGUACGAAAUAAUCGCCUCGAUAUGUCUUAAGAUUCUGAAAUUGUUCAACAACUUGGGCGUACUGGUCUUAUAUCGCACUGGCAAUGGAGGUGAUUUUUUGGGCAUUGGCGGCAGCUGGAGUUUGCAUGAGAAACACAAUCCUGCGCUUGAAAUGCUUGCUUCUGGCUUAUUUGUCGGCUUCAUUAUAUAUACAGCCGUAGUAAUUAUUGGAUAUUGUUUUGGAGGCAGCAGAAAUAAGCGUGACUUAACGGACAUUCUUAUGAAUGCAAUCGGUACUGCAAUGUGGCUUGCAGUUGGUGGAGUGGCGAUGCAUUACUGGCUGGGUUACAUGUCUGAUGGCGAUUUCUCUUAUGUGAGCUCCGAACGCAGCGUCGGCAUAGCAAUGGGUGCUUUAUGUAUAGUUCAAAGUGCCUUGUAUUUGGUGGAUACUAUUUUGGGUUGCGUGCUUUAUUACAGGGGUCCCAUGGAGUAUGCGGUUAUAAGGCAUUAUACGUUGGAGUGAAUAGCAGAGUAGAUAUGAAAGUAAAUAAACUAUUUAAGAACUAUUUGGCAGUAUAUUACUUGAAAAAUAAUUGAAAACAAAAAAAAACAAAAGAAAUAAUAAAAACUAAAUAAAAUUACUAAAAAUUCCCUUAUACGCAUAAG